AUGUGUCACAUCAUUCUGUUCCACAUUACCGUCCUUCUCUCGCUGUUCCACGAGUCCACGCAAAAAGCUGUGUAUCCUCACAGUGGCAUAAAUAUGAAAGAACUGAAUUCUAUACAAAGUUAUAGUCAUCGAUUAUUUGUAUACAAGCUCGGCAUAAAGAAUAUUGUUCAGGCUGAAGAGGAUUCCCUGAGUGAAUGGAAAAUAUAUCACGUCAAAGCGUAUAUUAAGCUAACAGAAGAAUUCAUACUUGAUGCAAUAAAGUCGUUAAGAAUUAAAAGCAGACAACUGUUUGAUCUGAAAAGUUUCUUGAAUAUAGAAUUUCAGAAACGAAACCAAUCAAUAGAUCAAUAUACAAUGUGCAAAACUAAACUAUUUGAAUCGAUUAAUCAGCGUAUUCUUAUACAAGAUAUAAUCAAAACAAUUGGGAUUGAAGAAAGAGAUUUCGGAAUAAGCGUUGCAAAUUCCACUACGUUCAAGUCAUGCUUCAACAAGAAAGAAUCAAUAUAUGAAAGCUUAUUGACCAAUGGUUUUGGAAAUGUUUGUUACCCUCCAAUUCCGUUUAACGGAAGAAAUAUAAGAUGGCUUGAUAGGGAAAUUUCUCAAUAUAGCAUCAAUAUUCGUAUAUUCAACUAUGCAUUGUUCAGUUACGAGUUUUUCUUGAACAUUCUUUCGGAACUCGAAAGCCAGCUAUCACGUUACCGUCGCAGUGUGAUCACCGUCACGUACAAGAUAUUUUGUUACAAUGAAUCCACAUGUUGGAAGAUAUAUUUGCAUAGUUUUAAAUGA